AUGACAGAGUCUAUCCCUCUCGUCUCAUUCGAGAACUUCCUCACCGGCGAUCGAGCCGCACAGGAAGAGGUGGCCAACCAAGUGUACGAAGCCUUCUCAACCGUAGGGUUUAUCUACCUCAAAGAUUUCGGGAUUCCGCAGUCACGGAUCGAGGAGAUCUUCGGAUUGGCCAAGACAUUUUUCGAACUCCCUCUCGCCGAGAAGCUCAAAUACAAACUCCAAGACCCAAGUGUCAACCAGGGCUACACAGGCGACGGCGCCGAGGGCCACAACGACCACAAAGAAGCGUACGAACACCGCCGCUUCAUCAACGCCCGGUGUCCCGACGAGUCCGAGCUGCCCGGGUUCCGACGGACUCUCGACGACUUCUACAAACAAUGUCUCAGCCUGGCGAUGAACGUGCUCAAAUGUCUCGCCAUGGUCUUGAAGCUCGGCGACGACUUUUUCACCACCAUCACCACGCGCGCCGACCCGCAACUCCGCAUCCUGCAUUAUCCGCCCCUGGAGCGAAGCGUGAUCGAGUCGCAGGGCCACGCUCGAAUCAUGCCGCAUACGGACUACGGGCUGUGUACGCUCUUGUUCCAGGACAGCACGGGUGGUCUGGAAGUCGAUCCCUAUCACACCGGCAAGUUCACGUCUGUUCCGCCGAUUCCGGGGACCGUGUUGGUCAAUAUCGCCGACCUGUUGCAGCGCUUUACAAACGGUCGGGUCAAGUCGACCAGACAUCGCGUCGUGAGUCCUCCAGCACAUAUUUUCAGGGGCGAGGUAUUGCCUCCUAGGUACAGUAUCCCGUUCUUUGUGCAUCCGGACCCAGAGACGCUUAUCGAUCCCAUUCUGCUGUACGAUGGGGAACAGAAACUGUAUGAGCCGGUCAAUGCGAAGGAAUAUAGGGAUUGGAGAACAGCGAGGAAUUAUCGCAUGAAGGGGCCCGAGGGGAAGAACUUUGAGGUGGAAGCUAGAGGUUGA